AGGUUGAAGAUGCAUUGCCGGAGAAUUUCAAAUCUGCCAUUUUUGUAUAAACCCGAUGCCAUUCAUGAAUCCACCACCAAGAGCCACUUCAGACUCACUGAGAGCAGCUCCAUCCCUGUCGUUCAGCCUAAGACAACCAACCUCACAACACACAGGACAAACUUUAAAAUGACCUCCGGGGACAAGAGUGGAGACUUUGUGACCACUCAUUCUGAUUUCAAGCCCCUGCCUAUAUCCAAAGCCAAACUUGUUCGACCGGUCACCAAAGUCAGAAUUAGGGUGCCGGAGGAAAAAUAUCCAGAGCCGACAUACAGAUCCAGUUACACCAAACAUGAGGUGUCUCCAAUCCUCUACGCAAAAGAACCAGGGAGCCCAGGUGUUGGAUCAAGUCUAAGGCAGGAGAAAAAGAACAGAUAUGACUGUAGUUAUCGAGAGCAGUUCUUGUACCGCGGGUGUCCUCCUCUUUCUCCUCUGGACAGCACAGAGAAGCAACGGGUUCAGCAUUCAGCUGUACCGAUGGGAGAUCGAGGUAAAAUACAAGACAAGCAAACUACUUAUUCCAGCUUUUCCAGACAGUCAGGUGACCGCAGCCCCGGAAGCCUGCUUUACAAGAGAAAGAAGACUCAGCCUUUCAAGCUUCGGGAAGUCCGUGAUGACGAAUGGACUACAGCGUCUUCUGAGGAGUUUCCUUCACACGAAUGCGGCCCGGUUCGCCUGGAGCGGAGAUGCCCGACUCUCAGCUCUGUGUUCAAAGGAGAGAAGCUAACAGGCGACCAGGACAAAGUGUCAACAACAAACCAGUCCUUCCUCUCAGAGAUGAACCGCUCUGAGUUCCCAGUGCAUGUGGACGGACCCAGUAUCAGGACACUGAGCAGUGUUACGUUCGGGAGGCCUGAUCUGGCUGGAAAAUACUACAGCACAACAUCACAGGAGCAGUUCCCGUCAAAAACAGCGCUCCGUCUCAAGCCGGCGCUUUUCCCACCCAGCCACAUCCUCGAGCAAGAGUUGGAUCAGAUGCUUACAACCAUGCAAAAAGAUUUUGUCCCCCUGAACUCCAGAAGACAGGAACUGAGCCCUAGUCAGCUUCAGCAGGUUAAAGACAGUCACAUCAGGCCCCUGCGCAGCAAACAUGACUUCAGGACGACUCACAAUGAAACAUAUGUGUCUCAACCCCACUGCAAGGCGUCCCAGGACAACCUACCCCUCAGAAAUGUCAGCCAUAUGCCAUUUUAAAAAAAAAACCCAACAACUUCCAAAUCUCAGAAAAGCUUUGCACUCUAAACAAAUGGGGAGUUUCUGUUUUUAGGUGUUCGUCUUUAAACAUAAUUGAACUCGGCCCUGCACAUUACACAUGAGGGCCGAAAGACUUUAAUAGUUUAAGACAUUAAUAAUAGCCAUCUUCUACCUACAGUAGUAUGUGGCCACAUAUUAUUUGUGACAGCAGUAUUAUUAUUUUUUUCAUGCCAUUUACAGAAAAACAAGGAUUUUGUUUCGAGUGCAGACUUUUGUUUUUGACAUUACGCAAUAAAAUGAGAC